AUGGACGCGCCAACCAUGCAGAUGCUCUUGCCCAAGGGCAUCGUUUACAACGAUUCUCGUAUCUACAAUGAGAUUGCAAGUUAUCCCGUGAUCCCACGUGAGAAGAUAUGGCAUUACUGGCAUGUGUAUACCACAACCUUCGGCAAGCUGAAGGACCCCACCGCUAACCGACUGGAAAACUUUUGGUGGCAUGUUUUGGGCAGCGACAGGAGUCAGCUUUCCGGUCCGACACUCGCCAGGAUCUUUGAGCAGAUAUCCGAUGGACCUACCUUUGUGCCACUGAGGGGCCCACCUAACCGAUACGAAGGGCCCUCGAUUCCGGUAUGCUCAACCGCUGGAGCUUAUUUGGGGAUUUCUGACCAUGGAUACCAGGCAAUCUUGAAACAUGUUCAAUCCGACAAGGGAAAGGGCAAGGCGUCCGACAGUCCAGGUGCAGCCAACGAGGAGGCGCCAAAGACAGAACCUCCCAAGGCUUUGGCAUCAUCUUCAACGAAACCGCCUCCCGCCCACCCGAUCUUGAAGAAGCCAAGGGGGCCAUCAUCGUCGGGUCCAAGGCCCACCGCUCGGUUCGUAUCUCCUGCUGGCUCAGAUGUGGAAGACGAAAAGGAAGAAAGCGAGGUCGAUUCGUCAACAAGCACCACUGCAAAUGAAUCCUCACAGCCCAAGCCUAAAACCUCUUCAGCAACCAAGGAAAAGCCCAGGAAGCCAAUUGGUAAUAUCUCCAAGAAGAAGAUCGUGGCAUCUUCGAAUAAGCGACGGCCUGCCAUGCCACGACGACAAAGCUCACAGUCAUCUGCAACGGGCUCGGAGGUAGGCUCUCGUGAUGAGCGACCCUCGCCAAGCACGAGGCAUCAAGGGCCACAACGGUCUGUUUCACCAAUAGUUGAGGGACCAGAUCCCAAAGAGGAUGACCCGCGGCUGAGUGACAAGGCAAGCGGCAAACGAGUCGUGGUCUCAGCAGCAGCUCCGGGAAAAGCCGAGGCACUCAAUGUCACUACCAGUGCUGCUUUAGAACGACCUGGGCCAGUACGUCCAAAUAAUCUGGACAAGAAGGCUGCAAAGACGAGGCCAGAGGGCAAAGGGACGGAAGCCUCGGUUGAAACCACCCAGAAGUCACAACAUACUACGCCUCAACACGCUGGCAGCAGCACACAAAGUCACGUGCAACCUGGAGCUAUUGCUUCGCCAAUGGUUCGUUCCAAAUCCAGUGGUGACGCCUUCAGGACGCCCAUUCGCGAGAUAAAACCUCGUAAAGCAGGGCCUUUUCAGGGUCUGACAUCAUCGAGCGUAGCGACGACUUCGAAUGUGGCCGCCCAGGGUACCAUCAUUGAAUUCGAUGACAAUGAUGCAACAGCGAGGUUUGCAAGUUCAAUACAAGAUGACAUGGCGGCAAUGAGACCCCGUAGGUCAGAAUCAACGACAACACUGACGCCUACGGCACCAAGCAAUACUCCGAGCGUGCCCCUUGGCCGCUCAAAGAGCCAGCUUACCCUUCUUCUUGAACGACAAGGCGAUAAAAAACAUCGACGCUAG